AUGGCGCUCCUCUUCUUCGACCUCAGCCUCCUCCCUUCCUCCAACGCCAACUCCCGCCUUCUCGCCGCCGCGCGCGCCCUGGAGCUCGGCUACGCAGCCGUCGCGCUCGACCACCCGCACCGCGGCCUGCUCGCCGACGCCGACCGCUGCCGCACCGCCCCCUUCCCCGUCAUCUCUUCCCUCCCGCUCCCCUCUUCCGCCGCCCUCCACCGCUCCCGCAAUGGGUCCCCUACCGACGAGCCCUUCCGCCAGUACACGCGCAUCACCCUCUCCCUCGACUCCCCCGCCGCCGCCGCGUCCGCGCUCGCCCCCUCCGCAGCCCGCCUCCUCCGCACCUACGACGUCGUCGCCGCGCGCCCUCUCAGCCAGGCCGCGCUCGACCACCUCUGCCAGUCCGCCACUGAGCUCGAUGUCAUCUCCAUCGACUUCUCCCACAAACUGCCCUUCCGCCUCAAGCUCCCAAUGAUCAAGCUUGCACUGCAGAGGGGGAUACAUUUUGAGAUUGCCUACUCUCCCCUCAUCGAUGAUAUCAGUUCAAGGAGGCAAGUCCUAGCUGAAGCCAAGCUGCUGGUGGAUUGGACUAAAGGAAAGAAUCUCAUCAUUUCAAGUGCUGCUCGUAAUGCUAACGAAAUCAGAGGGCCCUAUGAUGUCAUUAAUUUAUGUGCAUUCUUGCUUGGCCUUUCUACACAGCGAGCCAAAGCUGCUAUGUCAGUAAACUGCAGGUCGCUACUAUCCAAGGCUAUGAGGAAGAAAUAUUUCUACAAAGAAACAAUUAAAAUUGAUAGAUUGUUACCAAAUGAGUUACUAGAUUCAACAAAGUAUAAGCUUAGUGACUGGAUUGGUUGGGAUCCUAUAUCUUCUAAAGGUGAUCUGCAAUCUUUGGAGAAAAAUCUGGAACAUUCUCCCAGCAAAGACGAACUACUGGGUUCACCCAUAAAUUGUUCCACCAAAGUGUUACAUAAAAAGCUUCAUGAUGCUGAUGUGUCUCUCUUUACUGAGCGACUAGAGCAGUCUACCGGUGAUAGCGAAAUGCCUGUUGAAACGCAAGAAGAGACCUUACAAGCUCAUGGAAUUGAAGCAGACAUUGCUGCUAGUCAUACCAGUUUGGAUAAAUCUGAAAAUAAUGAGAUGGUUAUGGAUCACAAUGCACAGGCAUUUGUUGUGUCUUCUGUCGACAGGAAAUGCAUUGAUGAGCAUGCUGAACUUACUCUGGAUGCAAUGGAAUUAGAUGCUACGGAAUUAUGCACAUUAAACCACAUUGCAGGUGACAGUGAUCCUUUGUCUUCCGAUGUUAAGUUAGCAUGUUCUUCUCUUCCCCAGGGUAUGGCGCUUUCUGACCCUAUGCUUGAGGACAAGGGUCGUGACCAAGCUAGUGACAUCCUAGAUUAUGCUAGGGCUGAUGCAACAUAUGGGACUAGCUGCACAUCUGGUGAGAUGGAGGAUCAGGCACCUCUGGAUCACAAAAUUCUUUCUUGUUCUGAUGUUUCUCUUGAGAAUAAGGGUCUGGACAAGCCUGACGACAUUCCAGUUCACUCAAAAGAUCACAGAAGUACUGCAGAAUCAGUGGGGUGCUCACCAGGUGGGGGAGAUGAUGAGACUCCAUUAAAUCCUGCAGUUCUAUUGAGUACUGAUAUAUGGAAAGACAUUGUACCGCCUAUACAGCAAGUUAUGGAGAGCAAAAUAGAGCAAAAUGUGGAUGAAAGCAUCGAACAUGCUACGAUUUAUAAGGUAGAACCUGUUGACAUAAUUGCAAGGGGAAUGAUUUCAGUGGAGAAUACUGUCAACAGUCAAGAGAUUAGUUCAGCUGCUUUUGUUUGUGAUAAAGGAUCUAUCGAUGGAACUAGGGAAAAUUGUGAUAUGAAAGAACAAAAUGCAAAGAAACCCAAUGCUUGUUUAAAUAUAGAUGCUAAAAUACAUGGGCCGCCAGUAAAUUUUCCUUGCGCAGUUAGUAAGGUGGAGGUAUCUACAGCUAUAUCAGAAAAGCGAAGAAAAAACUGUCCCUCUUAUAUUCCUUUCUUGGGCUUUCUGAAGCGUGUGCCUUUCAAGAAGAAAUUAUGCAAAGUUGUAUCUAAAAGGAAAUCAUAACAACUGUUGGAGUAUACAAUUCAAGCAUUUGCCGCGUACCAAAGGCAGAUGGAUCCUUUUGCAAUGCGAUAGCCUAGUGCGCUUUGACUUUAUCUUGUCGGUUGGCUAAGGCCACUUGAAGGUUGGCGAGCUUCGUGUAGUCAGGCUCCUGAGUGGGCUACUGUAGGGAUUCAUCAGAAGGCUCAUCAUUAUAUGAGAAUAGAGUCCUGUAAUUGGUCGUGGACGCUUCCGGUGAUCUUACCAACCAAUAGCCAACUGAAAACAGCGUCCUGGGUCUAUAGCAACGAGCUUCUGUCAAAUAGAUGCUCGAAACAACACAGAUUCUUGUGGGGGUCUAUCUUGUAGCCUGCAAUGUUCAAAGGGGCUAUGAUUUGUCCCCACCAAAAUCUUGGGAGAUUCACUUUUCUGAAGGUAAUGAUAGUAACGCGGAGGGACAAAGUCUAAUCAAGGACCAUCUUUCACAUUUGCAUUUAAUCAUUGGGAAUAAAACACUUGCAUUUGGUACUGA